AUGAGGCGGAUGCUGCACCACUGCAACACCGCCAUCCGCAGGACCCCUCGGGGUGAGAUUGUCUACGCGCCACACAUUGCAUUGGAGCUCGAGCUACAGCUCGAUGAGUGGUAUGGCUAUUUUCCAGAGCCUGUGCGCUUCCAGCACCUCGACGCCGAUACGAGCGAUUCCGCUUUUGGUUACUUGUCCGUAGAACCUCUGGGCAACUUUCUCCGUGCACAGUACUACUGUUGCAAGUUGUCGAUCUACUGGCCGGCCGUGUAUCAAAGCAUCCAAGAUAACACAGCCACGCCCGAGGUGCUCAAAGAUUGCCAAGGGUUCUUUGACGCGUAUAUUCAAGUGAUGCCGAACAUACGGAUAUGCAUUCGCAACUGCAUCGUCAACCGCUGGACGUUGUAUGCUAUCAUCUUCAUCAUUUCCAUGGCAUUUUGA